GUAAAUAUUGAUAAAUACAAAUUAAAGGGCGCCUCUAAAUCGAGUAAGUUGGUAGUUGUCUUCCAUCCAUAUAUAUAGGAGCAUGGAUAUGAGAACAAAAUACCCCAAUAUUCAUCCUUCCAUGACAACACUCGACACGAAGAAAAAAGUGUAGCCAUUUAAGAAAAUCCAUCGCUAGUUUCAGCUAGAAAUCACACUAUUUCUUUGCGCUCAAUCAAAUUUCUGAUUUCUUUGCAAGGUAGGAAGUUCAUCGACGACCGUCUACACCAUGGCUGCGCCUUUGUAUGCUUGGCCAUGGGAAAUCUUGGGGAGUUGCAAGAUUGCUAUUUAUGGGUUUUUUCUGGCAAAAGCUUUGUACUCAAGAUAUCAAGAAGAGUCCAUGAAAGAUGCUUGGUCUCUUCAUAUCUUCAUCGUAUGUAUGCUCAGACUAUUAAUGUACCAGGCAUGGACCUCGUACAGCAACAUGCUCUUUUUUACCCGGAACCGUCAGAUUGUCAAGAAAGGAGUUGAUUUCAGACAGAUUGACAAGGAAUGGGACUGGGAUAAUUUUAUCUUACUUCAAGCUAUUGUGGCUGGUCUGGCGCUGUACAUUUUUCCAACGUCUGCAACACUUGCUGUCUGGAACCAAACUGGCAUCACAACAGCAAUAGCACUUCAUGUCGCAAUUUCUGAGCCUCUUUUCUACACUAUACAUAAAUCCUUCCAUGGCGACUAUCUUUUUACCAAUUACCAUUCACUCCACCAUUCAUCGCCAGUGCCUCAACCCUAUACAGCUGGACAUGCUACAUUUCUGGAACAUCUUUUUUUGACGGUCGUGAUUGGAGUACCCAUAAUCGGUUCAUUCGCCGUUGGCCAUGGAUCAAUAAUUCUGAUCUACGGAUACGUUUUGGUAUUCGAUUUAUUGAGAUGCUUAGGCCAUUCCAACGUCGAAAUCGUUCCUCAUCAGUUGUUUGAUCUCGUCCCGUUUCUCAAAUAUAUAAUCUAUACUCCGACGUACCACAGCCUGCAUCAUGCUGAGAUGGAGACCAAUUAUUGCCUGUUCAUGCCUCUUUUUGAUGCCCUAGGGAACACAUUGAACACAAAAUCAUGGGAUAUGCACAAAAAAAACAGCUUAGAUUCAGGUAAAAACGGAAGAGUUCCAGAUUUCGUGUUCCUAGCCCACGUAGUGGACUUGUCGUCUGCUAUGCACGCUCCUUUUGUGAUCAGAUCAAUAGCAUCACAUCCCUACUACACGAGAAUUUACUUGCAGCCGUUUUUGCCUGUAUCCUUCGCCAUGAUGUUGUUGAUGUGGGCUAAGUCCAAGACGUUCUUGGUCUCGUCCUACAACCUUAGGGAUCGGCUGCACCAGACGUGGACCGUUCCCCGAUUCGGUUUCCAGUAUUUCUUGCCUUUUGCUGCAGAAGGCAUCAACAAGCAGAUAGAAGAGGCUAUUCUUAGAGCUGACAGAUUGGGAGUUAAAGUCAUUAGUCUUGCUGCCUUAAACAAGAAUGAGGCCCUGAAUGGAGGUGGGACACUGUUCGUGCAAAAACAUCCCAACCUUAAAGUUCGCGUGGUACAUGGCAACACCCUAACAGCAGCCGUGAUUCUUAAUGAGAUCAAGGAUGUAACCGAAGUAUUUUUGACUGGAGCCACUUCCAAACUUGGACGAGCUAUUGCUCUUUAUCUUUGCAAAAAAGGGGUUCGAGUUCUGAUGCUAACUCUAUCAACCGAAAGAUUUAGGAUGAUUCAGAAAGAAGCACCGGCUGAUUGUCAGAAGAAUCUCAUCCACGUGACAAAGUACCAAGCAGCCCAAAAUUGCAAGACAUGGAUAGUAGGCAAGUGGAUCACACCAAGAGAGCAAAGUUUUGCUCCGUCUGGAACUCAGUUUCAUCAGUUCGUGGUUCCACCGGUGUCGCCGUCCAGAAGAGACUGUACUUAUGGUAAUCUUGCAGCGAUGAAGUUACCUGACGACGCGGAAGGGCUAGGAUGUUGCGAGUACACAAUGGAAAGAGGAGUCGUCCAUGCUUGUCAUGCAGGUGGAAUGGUUCACUCCUUGGAAGGAUGGACUCACCAUGAGGUUGGGGCUAUAGAGGUCGACCGAAUUGAUUUGGUGUGGGAAGCUGCACUAAGACAUGGGCUGAAACCAGUCUCAACUAUUAUUAAUUAUUAGAUAAUUAAUUCUUGGAUAAGACAGAAUUAAUUAAUUAAUUUGUAUUAUUAUAUAUAUAUACUUUCUUUGUUGACAUAUUAAUUCAAUCCAUAGAUAGUCGUCGGUUCUAACAGUUGAGCAACGACAGAGAUUUGGCUAUUGCAAUAUCAUGAUUUGAUGAGUUCAAUUAAGUGAUAUGA